AUGCACUCUAGAAAGUCCAAGAGCAUCACGGGCAAGAGAAAUCAAGUGGGAAAUGAUGUGGCGAAAGUUAUCAAACCGCAGAAGACAAGAAGAAUAAUACGAAGAUUUCACCAUUUGAUCAACAAACGUGAAUCCAUAUGCCUGUUUUUAUGUCUCACGGAAAAAUUGGAUGAGGCAAAUGAGAAGAAAAAUGAUGCCAUCGUUAGGGCAAGCACGAAAGGUAAUACAGAACAGAGCAAGUCUUAUGAAGACGGUAAAUCACAGGUUUUUAAUGAAGCCAUGGAAACACAACUGUUAAGGCUGCAUUCGUUGAUAAAAAAGGAAGCGAAACUAAAAGAUUCUAGUAAAAUCACCGUGAUGUACGCAUUGCUUGGCUAUGUAAUGAGUCAAAUUGAUAAAUUGGGCGGAUUGGAAACCUAUCAAAUUGCAAGUCAAAAUGGCCAAUUGAAUGGGCGCGGGGGAGACACAUCUAAGUUACUCGAGAAAUGGAUCAAGCCUCUGUUGGCGGAUCAUCCUGGAGCCACGGCAUUAGAGAUUGGCUCAUUAAGUUCUGAGAAUCACAUAUCCCGCUGUGGGCUUUUUAAACAUGUGGUUCGUAUAGAUUUAGAAAAACAUGAAGGCGUUACCAAGCAAGAUUUUAUGGAAAGACCGCUGCCAGAAAACGAAAAUGACAAGUUCGAUCUGAUAUCAUGCUCUUUGGUGCUCAAUUUUGUUAAGAAUCACAAGGACCGUGGUUUGAUGUGCCAUCGUAUGAUCAAAUUUCUCAGGCCGCAGGGUUACGUCUUUAUUGUUCUGCCACAGGCCUGCGUCACACAUUCAAGAUACUGCAAUGAAUCGCUGCUACAAAAGCUUCUCGCAUCCCUUGGGCUCACAAUGCUUCACAGUCAUCAGAGCAACAAGCUGUACUAUUGCUUGUACCAGUGGCAGAUGGUUUUGUCACCAAAAGGCCCUCCCAAGAGAAUCAGAGUCAGCGAUGGCCCUGGACUGAACAAUUUUGGCAUUACCCUCUGA